AUGCAGUCACAGGGAAGCAGUCGAGACGGUGGCUCAAACUCGCUCUCCAGCAUCGUGUCGACGCUGAUUCCGACUUUCAUCAUUGCAGCAAUUGCAUUCACCAUCUUCCUGAUACUUCGAGUUCGUCAACCACGCGUGUAUCGACCAAGAACCGAUGAGCGGCUACUACUUGAGGAGAGAAGAACGCCUCGUUCGGGUUCGGGCUUCUUUGGAAUCCUGACAAACCGUAGCUCACUUCCCGACUCUUAUGUCCUGCAACACAACUCUCUUGACGGGUAUCUCUGGCUUCGAUUUUUCAAGAUCCUUAUUGUGAUGAGCUUCGUCGGUUGCUGUAUGACAUGGCCCGUCCUUUUCCCGGUCAACAUCACUGGCGGUGGAAACGAGCAACAAUUGGACAUGCUGAGCAUGAGUAACGUUGCGAAUCCGAUUCGCUACUACGCUCACGCCUUCGUUGCUUGGGUUUUCCUUGGAUUUGUUGUCCUGCUCGUUGCUCGCGAGCGUAUCAAUUUCAUUGGCCUACGUCGGGCAUACUUCCUGUCGGCUGCCCAUGCACAGAGACUUUCGUCUCGUACACUCUUGAUCAUGGGUCUGCCCAUCGAGUACACGGAGGAGAAAUCACUCCGACAUCUGUUUGGACCGAGCGUUCGCAAAAUCUGGAUUCCGACUGAUUGCAAGAAACUUGAGAAAGAUGUCGAAAAUCAAAACAAGGUCGCGCUGCAGCUUGAAGGUGCUGAGAUGAAGAUGAUCAAACAGGCAAAUGCCCUUCGUAUCAAGGAGGAGAAAAAGCAGAAGAGCGAUGCCCAUGCGACAAAUGCCAACCCAAGCCGCUGGUUAGAUGCAAAGAAGCGACCAUCCCACCGCCUCAAGCCUCAACUUUGGAAAAAGGUCGACACCCUCAACUGGUGCAGAGGCACUUUGUCUGAACUGGAUCGAUACGUCGAGGAACAGCAGAAUGAGCAUAUGGACUUGAAGCAUACCAAGAUCUCAGCCGCCUUCAUUGAAUUCUCCACUCAAACCGCUGCGCACCAUGCUUUCCAAAGUGUUGGCCGAGAGUCCCUGACCAAAUUUGACCCGCGAUACAUUGGCGUCCAGCCGGAUGAAGUGGUUUGGAAAAAUUUGAGCGUCAGCAAACCCUCACGCAAGGUCAAAAUUAUGAUCGCCACGAUCAUCAUCUGGUUGAUGAUUUUGUUCUGGGCUAUUCCAGUCGCUUUCGUCGGCGCCCUGACGAACAUCAACUAUCUAACAAACAAGGUCCCCUUCCUCGGCUUCAUCAAUGAUAUCCCAAAGGUCAUUCUUGGUGUCGUUACCGGUCUUCUGCCCGUGGUCUUGCUGGCGGUCCUCAUGGCGUUGGUUCCUGUCUUCUGUCGGCUACUUGCAAAAUUUGCGGGAGAGCCCACGCUCUCCGCGAUCGAGUUGAAGACCCAGUCUUGGUACUUUGCAUUCCAGGUCGUACAGGUCUUCUUGAUUACAACAUUCAGUUCAGGCGCGUCUGCGGUGGCCUCGCAAAUCGUGCAAGACCCCACUUCUGCUCCUUCACUCCUUGCUACGAAUUUGCCAAAAGCGUCCAACUUCUACAUCAGCUACUUUAUCCUUUUUGGUCUCAUGCAAGCAGGUCUUCAACUACUCAACGUUGUGCCCCUCUUGAUGCUUAGCUUUGUUGGACCCAAGAUUUUGGAUAAGACACCACGCAAACGAUAUAACCGAUUCAUGAAGCUCGCCGGCCUUGGCUGGGGCUCCACCUACCCUAAAUUCACGAACUUGGGUGUUAUUGCUAUCUCCUACUCAUGCAUCUCGCCUCUGAUUCUCGGAUUCUCAACCAUCGGUUUCAUCUUGCUUUACAUCAUGUUCAGAUACAACUUCCUGUUUGUGUUCGGCAAUGACAUCGACAUGAAGGGCGAGUCGUACACCCGAGCUUUGAAACAACUCUUGACUGGUGUAUAUCUGUCGAUCCUUUGUCUCAUUGGCCUUUUCGGUAUUGGAGUCAGUAAGAGCAAGAGCAGUAUUGGCCCUCUAGUAGUGAUGGUAGUAUUCUUGGUUACGGUCAUUAUCUUCCAGUUCCUGCUUGACCGUGCUCUUGCACCACUAGAGCAACACAUCCCUCUGGAUUUACUAACCGACAACAAAUUCAGCAACAUCCUUGUAGAGCAGAGCAUGGAGGAUGAAAAUCAAUUGAAGCAAGGACAGCAGAUGGGCGCUGGACCGUCGAGCAGGCAGCCAUCGGUCACUCCCACAUUUGAGAAGACUGAUAAUAACGGCAAUGUCCCUCAGCCCGACCCCAAGACCAAGCCCAAGCCAUUCAACUUUCUCAGCCGCCGCCUUGAGCACUUGGUGCAAAAGUACUACGAAUCUAACAAAUCGAUUGUGCCACAGACCGAUACUGAGAUGUCGAUCCCUGGUUAUACCUCUGAGGAAUAUGAGCAGGCAUACCUGAACCCCGCCAUCACUUCUCCAAGGCCCGUCAUCUGGCUGGCAAAGGACAAGUGCGGCGUCAGUCACAUAUUAGUCCAUGAGAAUAAGGAGGCUGGUCUCCAGAGCACGGAUGAACAUGCCGAGUUUGAUGAAAAGAACAAACUGGUCUGGAAGGAGGAAACCGUUACGCAGGCUCCUAUCUGGGAGAGACCUGUGAGAUAUUGA